AUGGAACAUGCUGUUGAGUUACUGGUGAAAUGUGAAUUUAAGUUCCGUCCUGUGCAGUCUGGAGAAGAUGGAGGUCGCAGGUUGGCCGUCUCCCUCAGAGCUGACAAUUGUUCCUUAAACUACCCGCUGGGGAAACAUGUGAUCCACGAGGUCACCAACGUCUCCUUCAGCCACCUCGCCUGUGAGGAUCAGGCCGCCGUGAUCGUCCACUGGUCCGCCAGUCCACUAGGGAUCGAACACAUUAAAGGCUUCAGAGUUUAUCUGGAGGACAAGAACCCAGAAGGGAAGCAGUGUCAGCACCUCCUCCUCAAAGACCCCCGACAGCUCAACUGCUCCCACAAGAACACGCGGCUGAGCAGUCAGACGUUCAGCGGUUUGACCUUCGACACCGACUACAUGGUUCGUGUUGUUCCUUUCCCGACUCUGAUGAACGAGAGCUUCUUCCCUCCGUCCUUCCUCCGGACCAACUCGUGUGAAGUCCUCCUGGGAUCAGACAACCUGGUUUGCAAACCAUUCUGGAAGCCAAAGACCCUGAACGUGUCUCAGCUGGGGUCGAACCUCCACGUGGCGUUCGACCAGGCGCCGACCUCCUUCGGCUUCCACUUCUACUACCUGUACUACAAACUGCGGCAGGACGGGCCCUUCAGACAGCAGCGCUGCAAACCAGACGUGAACCAGUACAGAACUACAUGCAUCCUCCAGGACGUCACUCCAGGGACCUACACUAUAGAGCUGAGAGACGACAGUAACACGACCAGGAGGCAGUCUCAGUACCACGUCAGCCAGGUCCACUCCCCCUGGGCGGGGCCUAUCCGUGCCAUGGCCAUCACAGUGCCUCUGGUCAUCAUGUCCGCCUUCGCCACUCUGUUCACCGUCAUGUGUCGCAAGAAACAGCAAGAAAACAUCUACAGCCAGCUGGACGAGGAGAGCAGUGAGUCGUCCAAUCACAGUGCAGCAUUGAACCCGGAGCGGCCGUGGCCCCGCCCCAAAGUCUUCAUCUGUUACUCCAACAGAGACUGCCCCAAACACGUCAGCGUCAUCCAGAGCUUCGCCUACUUCCUGCAGGACUUCUGCAGCUGUGAGGUCGUGUUGGACCUGUGGGAACAUCUGGAGAUGUGCAGAGAGGGUCAGAUGUCGUGGCUCAGCAGACAGCUGGACGAAGCCAACUUCGUCAUCACCGUCUGUUCAAAAGGCCUUCGCUACUACGUGGAGAAGAAGAGCCGCAGAGGGAAGACGCCAGUCAGUCGCCGUAGUAACAGCUCUCCGAUUGGUGGAUCCGGCAGUGACCUGUUCAUUGUGGGCGUGGCCAUGAUCGCUGAGAAGCUGCGGCUGGCGAAGCAGAACGAGGGGGGCGGAGCUCCGGAGCUGAAUCGCUUCAUGACGGUUUACUUUGACUAUUCCACAGAAAACGACAUCCCCACCAUGUUGAGUCUCGCUCCCAGGUUUAAGUUGAUGGACCAGCUGCCUCAGCUCUUCAGCCGGCUCCACUCCAGUCAGUCCAGUUUGGCGGAUCGAGAGUCGCAGCCUCUGAACGUCUCCAGGAGGAACUACUUCAGAAGUAGAUCCGGACGCUCGCUCUACGUUUCCAUCUGCAACAUGCACCAGCACAUCAGCCAGAACCCCGACUGGUUUGAGAAGCAGCUGGCUCCUUCAGGAGGUUCCUCCGCCUCCUCCUCGAAACAUCCUCCCGUCCCCUCUAUCCCGGCUCCGAGCCCUCCCCCAAAUCCUCCCUGCCCCUCCGCCUCCUCUCACCCUGAGCAGAGGUGUGACUCUGGCUUGGUGCUGAAUGAGGUUGUGUUGAAUACGCCGUCCCUGGAGGGCGGGGAGGGAGCGCUGUUGAGGAACAUGCUCCUGCUGGCCCCCGGCUCCAGUCCCAGCCUUAACCUCGGCCCCAGCCCGAGUCCCAGUCCUGGGCUCUGUCCCAGUCCAGGCCUGCCGCACUGCUCUCUGUCCAUGCUGGGAUCCACUUCAAGGUCCACUUCUGGAAUAUCUGGACUGUUACCAGAAGAUGCUUCCUCCUCAGCCUCCGCCCCCUCCAUCCUCCAGGACGGGGGGUGCCCUGUCCACACCCAGGCAGAAGAAGGACGGCAUUCCCCUCCAGAGGUCCCGCCCCCUCGUGAUUCGGGCAUCUAUGAUUCGUCCGUCCCUUCCUCAGAGCUCUCAAUACCCCUAAUGGAGGGACUGUCACAUGACCAAGCUGACUCCUCCUCCCUGGCAGACAGCGAAUCAUCUUCUUCGGGGCUGGGUGACGAGGAGCCGCCUGCUGUGACGUCGCUCCGCUGCAGCGCCACGGUUUGUAAAGCUGAGCUGCACCACCAUCACCACCGGGAGCACAGUGACGAACUCAAACCUUUCUCAAAAGUGCCGUCAUCCCAUCGUCAUGGACGUGAAACUGGAGUUAAUUAAAAAGCGCUGUAGUGGUUCACCAAUGGAUAUUACUGGACAUCGAUAGCUACGCCAACCACUGAGUUGUACGACACUUCUCCCUGGAAAGUAUGGUAACCACUGAGUCCUUGGAACUUCGUAACUAUUGCUACAUUUCCACUGCACGAUACGGCCCCACUACUCACCUCCACUCGCUCUUUUUUGGUUUUCCAUCAGCAACGAGUUUUGGAAAGUAUCCGGUCAUUUUUUUUGGUACCACCUCGGUCGAGGUUCCAAGCAAGCUGAGCAGAAACUAGAAGGUGGAGUUAAAACACUGCAGAUGAUUGGUCCGAGAGGAUCGUCACUAGCGCGACAGUGGACAUCCUGCACAAACACACGACUUUUAAAUAGGCAAGGUUACGUCAAUAGCGACCGCAAACGUUUCUUUUAGAAUGGCGUGGCCGUAUGAUUGACGGAAGUGCAGACGGUCCUCUGUUUGGUUGCCGAUGAAAGGAUCCAGCGAAUGUCGCGUUCAAGAUGAUAGCGUCGCUAUGAAUCAGAGAA